GCCCCCCCCCCCCCCCCAGCCCCGCGCGGUUGCCGUGGAGACCGAGCGAGCUGUGGAUGCGGAGAAGCGAGGAGGCUUGGCCUUCGCCGUCUGCCUGUCGAGGGGACUCACAGGACCGACGCCAACAUGAUGCUUUCACGGGCCAAACCUGCUGUAGGUGGGGACCUCCCCCACACGGACAAAAGGAAGAAGAAGGGCAGGAAGAUGCCAAAGCUGGAGGAGCUACUGUCACAGAGAGAUUUCACCGGAGCUAUCACCCUGUUGGAGUUCAAACGUCAUGUUGGGGAACAAGAAGAGGAUACUAAUUUGUGGAUUGGAUACUGUGCUUUUCACCUGGGUGACUACAAGAGAGCUUUGGAGGAAUAUGAAAAUGUGACAAAAGAGGAAAAUUGCAAUCCUGAAGUGUGGGUGAAUCUAGCCUGUACCUACUUUUUUCUUGGAAUGUAUAAGCAAGCUGAAGCUGCUGGAUUCAAAGCUCCAAAAAGCCGACUUCAAAACCGCCUCCUCUUUCAUUUGGCUCACAAGUUUAAUGAUGAGAAGAAGUUGAUGAACUUCCAUCAGAAUCUCCAGGACAUCACAGAAGAUCAGCUCAGUUUGGCCUCAAUCCACUAUAUGCGAUCUCACUACCAAGAAGCUAUUGAUAUUUAUAAGCGAAUUCUGCUAGAUAACAGGGAAUACCUUGCCCUUAAUGUUUAUGUGGCUCUGUGUUACUACAAGUUGGAUUACUAUGAUGUGUCUCAAGAAGUUCUGGCUGUUUACCUUCAGCAAAUUCCUGAUAGCACCAUCGCACUCAAUCUUAAGGCCUGUAAUCAUUUUCGUCUUUACAAUGGCAAAGCAGCUGAGGCAGAACUCAAAAGCUUGAUGGACAAUGCUUCUUCUUCCUUUGAAUUUGCGAAGGAACUCAUCAGGCACAAUCUGGUUGUCUUCCGAGGAGGUGAAGGGGCUUUGCAGGUUUUGCCUCCCCUGGUUGAUGUCAUUCCUGAAGCAAGGCUAAACUUAGUGAUUUACUACCUUCGUCAAGAUGAUGUACAAGAAGCUUAUAACUUAAUCAAGGAUCUGGAACCUGCUACUCCUCAGGAGUAUAUCCUCAAAGGAGUGGUCAAUGCAGCCCUUGGCCAGGAAAUGGGAUCGAGGGAUCAUAUGAAAAUUGCCCAGCAGUUCUUCCAGUUGGUGGGAGGAUCAGCUAGUGAAUGUGAUACAAUACCAGGGAGACAGUGCAUGGCCUCCUGUUUCUUCCUGCUCAAGCAAUUUGAUGAUGUCCUGAUUUACCUCAACUCAUUUAAGAGUUACUUCUAUAAUGAUGACAUCUUUAACUUUAAUUAUGCACAAGCCAAAGCUGCAACAGGCAAUACCAGUGAGGGUGAAGAGGUUUUCCUUUUAAUACAAAGUGAGAAGUUAAAAAAUGAUUACAUUUACCUCAGUUGGUUAGCUCGAUGCUAUAUAAUGAAUAAGAAACCAAGACUAGCCUGGGAACUUUAUCUCAAGAUGGAAACCUCUGGCGAGUCCUUUAGCCUCUUACAGCUCAUUGCUAAUGACUGCUACAAGAUGGGCCAGUUUUACUAUUCCGCCAAAGCCUUUGAUGUCCUAGAGAGGCUGGAUCCUAACCCUGAAUAUUGGGAAGGCAAGAGGGGGGCCUGUGUGGGCAUUUUCCAGAUGAUCUUAGCUGGGCGAGAACCCAAAGAGACCCUUCGAGAAGUGCUCCAUCUACUGAGAAGUACGGGUAACACCCAAGUAGAGUACAUCAUCCGGAUCAUGAAGAAAUGGGCCAAAGAGAACAGGGUGCCUGUUUGACGUCCCUCCGGAGGUCUAGGGAACCAGUCACUGCUUUGACAGGAAAUUGGGAAUCAUUUUCCUUGAAUUUAAUGUAAGAUGCAGGACUCUAUUUUAUUGACGUUUUCCUUCCUUGUUCUUCAAGCCACAAGACCAGUGACUGCUUAGACUUGCCUCCUGGCUGAACCAAGUGCCAUAGUCUGUGGUGUGGCCCCUGUGUGAUCUGACCUGCAAUAAGACUUUGAACUUAUCUGGUGCCUUUCUUCCAAAAAUACUCAGAAUACUGUUAUGUAAUUUACUGACUUUAAGGAGAACAGCAUAGCUUUGUUCUUACAUUUACAUUCUAUGGCGCUUUCUCCAAGCUGCAAUCCAAAUGUCAUUAAUGCUCAAGAGUCACCAUUAUCCUAUUAUCUUAUUCUCAGCCGUCUCUGUACACUACCCCUUGUUACUAGGGAAUUCCAUAAAGAGUUUUGUAAUGGGUCUCUGAAUCUUGGGAGAACAGAAGUUAAAAUAGCUAGAUGAUUCUAAGAAUGUCAGUAAGAACCUUUACCAAGCUGCCCGUUCAUUAAUAGAUAAUAGGCUUAGGGGUUAAUCUUUCAGUAACUGAAUUCUCGAUGAUAAUAACAUGUUGCAGUGGAGUAACAUUGCAGUUUUUUAAAAGGUGAGUACUAUGAAAAAAAUCUGUUAAGGAACUCUCAUUUGUCAUUUCUUCAUUAUAUUUUAGGUAACAAAACAGGUUAGGUUUUCCCUUCGUGUAUCUUGCUGAAUAAACAUCAAUUUUGAAAGUA